AUGAGCGAGAGUCUGUCGCUCGGGCGCCCGCCGUUAUUGCGCUUCCGUCUACUGCAUCAGGACCUUUUGGCCUAUGUGGGACAGAACAUGGCUGAUGAAAAUGCACUGCAAUUCACGGCAAAUCUAGUGGCGGCUGCUUCGGAUCUUUUACAGCCUCUAUCACUGGUACCACCUAGCACCUCGGAGCGCGCGGCGCUUCAAGCCAACGCAGUCAAGGUUAUUGGCAAACAUGUGGAGAUUUCGCCGCUAAUUCAACAAGAAAUUUGCAAGCUAAGCGACGAGUUUCGUAUAAGCGAAAAGACGUGUUUUGAAUUUUGGUUUAUGGCUAGUGAUCAGCAACAGCGCGAGUGGGUGGAACGCGCGGAUCAACUGGCACCAGGCACAAUCGCUGACUCGGUUCAAAAUGCAGCACGUUACUUUUUGAUCUCGGAAAUGGAAUAUAAAUUGCACUUGUUGAAGGAGCUGCUUCGACUACGUCUAGAAACGCAGCUAGACAAACCACGCGCGCAAUUCAUAAUAUCCUUUACUAACAAGUUGUUGAUGGAGAACUUGCUGCCUAAUUUGGUAGCAGCUUAUGACGAGCAGCUCACACAACUAGCACAGAUAGCUAAAAUGGAACAGAGCGUGAGUUUCUGGCACACGCUUGUAGCCGAAUGUCUGGUUUUCAUUGUGUCCAGCACUCUGACGCUCGCUACAGAAGUACAAAAGCUUGCUAAUCUGCUCAAGAUGCUCUGUGGACGCUUACAAACGGUAGUAGCCAAAGUUUCACCGCAUAUUGUUAACUUUUCGUCGUUUGCCGAGCUAUUUGAAGGAGGUUCCUUAGGUGGAACAUCGCCCGAAGGAGCGGUCAGACAGGUGUCUUGCAUACUGCAAACUAUCACUGCAAUUCAGGUGGCACUGUUUGUUGUACUCUUUCAAAAUAAAACAAAAAAAUUGGAUCGUGAAACAGGGGAGAUGGAGAUCGGUGCUGCGUUGUACCUACGUGAACACGCCCCGGUAGUGAAGGAGCUACACCGUAUUCUAUACGAGGAAGAGUGGGAACAAAAGCACCUUCAGAGCGUUGGGAUGCUCGCCUGGGCCGGCUUUCUUGCUGAAAACGACGAUGGCAACAGCAACAGUAGAAACGUGAUCUUUGCUGAAGCAGAGGCUGCCUCUGAUGUGGUCAAAAAGGCAAUUGAAGAGCGUGUUUUUCAUACUUUGGUGGAAGUGCAGCUUAAGUAUGUGCCAGAUCGCAAGCGUGACUUGCAGCUAUAUUACAUUCACGAACGACAUUUUGAGCUUUUAUUUCAUACAUAUUCGUCAAAAAUGAUGGUCGCUGUACCGACGGUGGCUGAUAAGGCAUCGCUUGCUGCUUUGCAGUCUGAAAAUGACGGUGAAGUGGUGGCUUGGGAUGGCGACUGCCUCGAAGAUAUAGUUGAAUUUGCAACAGCGUUGUGUGCUCGUAAUUCGACGUUUUGUCGUUCGUUCUGGCGUGAUGUUAAUGAACACCUCGAUUCCCAUGACAGCACCAAUCCCGAAAAUAGUAACGACAAGGAACAGCGGCGGAGCGUAAUGCGGCUUAAUAGCGUGAGUGGGGCAAGCUGCCACGACUUCUUAAUCGCCUGUCGUGAUGCCGCGCUCAAAAACCCUGGAUGCUUAGCGGCUUACAUUCGAUUGGUAGCUGCUGCCGCUCGCGGACCAGAUUGCGCUCAGCUAGCUUUUCAUCACAUUAAAAUGAAUCCACAACAGCUUGGUUGGGAUCAUUUCUUUGCUGUAAUGGCAAAGUAUCAGCGGCUUCUUACUGAUGCUGAGAAACCUGCCGGAUAUCCGUCGCUGAUGCCUGGUGGUGUUUCGCAGGGAAUCGGAGUUGGCCAUAGCUCGUUCAAUGGCUUAAAAAGUUCCGCUGGUCCUGGACCCCGUUUCAUUCGCCCUAAGGAGUUGGAAGCAUUAGAAAGCAUUCAAAAACUUAUUCAGGAAGUAUUGGCAGACUCGCAACUGGCCCUGAUCUUCUUUCACAAUCACGACUGGUCUCCGAUCCCAACGUUCGUGGCUUUUCUGCAGUGCCGCAUUCCUAGCUCACUCAAGGGUUCAAUCAUGAAGACAUUAGCUGCCUUUGCACGUGUUCCAGAUAUCGCGCCGUUUGUGUGGCGCCAGGUAGACGCGUUGCAAAUUUUGCGCACAACUGGGGACACGACGAAUUACGGAAAAGAAGAUAUCAGUUAUGAACUUGAGCACUACGAAUCGCUGAGUAGAACAUAUCCGGCAACAAGAGGUUUUGUAACGCUUCUCUACGAGCUCUUUAAGAAUCCUCGCGCCUGGAAGUCGUUCGAAGGUGAUGGCAAUGUUGCAGCAAUCCAGUAUUACUUUGAGUUUUUGCUUGACAAUGUGUUUUUAAAGUUUGAUUUGCGAAAGUAUGAGCGAGAAGAAGAAAAGUGGGAGCUUGUGAACGGCACUCUUGCCAUUUUCAAAAAACUUCUUCGAAGCGUGGAUACCUUUACGACAGAAGGCAGCUUGUCUUAUCAACUUCUAGCUCGGUUUCUUUCGAGCAAUCCGUUGCUAAACAAAGUGCUGUCAAUCAUUUCUGGCGAUGAUGGAGUUGAGAAUCUGGAAAGUACGUCAACAGAUAGGCAUUUGGAGCAUGCCUUUUUUUACUGCCUUGACAUCGUGAAACGCGAAACUGAGGCUAAGCACGGCUCACUAAAUUUUGUAAUCGACGUCGCCAAAAAGCCUAGCGAUACGUACCUCACCAAAACCACAGCAGUUGCUUCCUUACGUGAGCGCUGUGUGCAACAUGCACUUGAACUUAUAUUGCUGCUGCUGGAAAACGAUGUUCAGUUUGUAGAUAUCGAUAUCAACCGUCAACUUUCGCAUCGACUGCAAGUGGAGAUGAUGCACACCAUUUUGUGCCGCCAUCGCUUUGACCUUGUUAACAUUGUCAAGUAUAUCAAAUAUUCUAAAUCAAAACACAUUCCACAUCUGUCCACAGCGAUUUUACGUAUUAUCAGUACCCGCAUUAGUGGUGGUGACCUUAUCAGCAUACUUGUUGACAGCGGAUCUGGUGCAGACAUUAUGAUUGGUUACAUGAAUCGCCUACUCAAUGUUUAUGAUAACGAUGAAGAUGAGCAAGUUGAGGACGAGGUUGAAAGCAACAAUGAGCAAAGUGUCACGGGACUGAAUACUGGAAGCACUCAGUCAAGAAACUGUUAUCAAGAUACUCAAAUCUUAUCCUCCCCGCACGAGUUGUUUGAGAGUGAUACGUCUCCACCCUCUAUUCGUGGCGCCAUCCUUGACCUACUACUUGAAAAUUUGAACAAGCCUGCGCCUAACCUGGCACAUUUACUACUUGGCAACAUCAAGCAAACUGGAACAUCAAAGGAUGCAGCCUUGCCAAAAUCGUAUGUAAUGACCGGUCUUGAAGCUAUAAUUACCUUAGUGAUGCACGCAGACUUUGGCGUGGAGACGCCAGAGCUAGCAGAGCGGUGCCACCAUGUACUUUACUGUCUAGUUACGCAAGAAUUUUCUUCGCCUGAUGCUAUCGCUGCACUUGAAAGCGUCCCAAAUGACUUUUUUGCGUCUCAGAUACAAUUAUUUAGCAGUGUCUACCAUGUAUCAAGGAGAAAAACAGCUGCCACUAUGAUCGCCGAGUUAAAUAUGCGGGGGUGGUUUUUCAAAACGCUUGCAGUGUACUUGCAUGUGGGGCUGCAGAAGGAGCCUCCGCGCAUGAAAAACCUGAACAAGCUGAUACAUCAGCUGCUGUCCGUAACAGAGGGUGGGAGCCGAAACGACGUUCGUGCUAUUGAGCGACAGGAACAAAUGCUGCUGCUGCGCCUGCUUGAUGAGUGUACUUUCCACUUCUUGCCACCCGUGGUCCCAGUUAAUCGGCAAGUUGUGGCCAUGGCUGAAGAGUUGACUGCAGCUGUGGGGCAGGGUUGUUAUUAUAAAUGGCUAAAAAUUGACAUUGAGCGCUUUUGUCAUGAUCUUCAGAAACUAGAUUUGACCGCAGUCGAGGAUGGAAUAGAGGAUUUUUACUCUGCGUCAAACAAAAGGUUUCGUGUGAAUGACGAUGGUGAAAGCAGUACCAGUAGCAAAAACAAUACUGAAGCAGCAGUGGAGAGGCUAAUUCAAUGGGCUAUACAAUGGAACAUCUACUCAGAGAGAAUUGCUGCCGAAAGUCAUUCGCUCAAUUCACUGCGCGAGUUGAUGGAGGUUAUUGUGCUUGAUUACCUAGUGUUGCCUCGCGUACACGAAUCAGUUGUACCGCCAACUAUGAGGGAGGGAUCCGAUGCUCUUGCGUCCGAGGAAGUGCGAUUGGAAUUAAUGAGUGGUAUAAUCGCGUCUGUGCUUAGUAAAUUGACUGAUAAAACCGGUGCUGCUGCCCAAUUAUUUGAGAUCGCUGCGACGAAUGCUCUGAUGCUCUUUUCGCAGCUCAGCUAUACUGAUGACGAAAGUCAUUCGAGCGCUCUUCCAUUAAGCCGAUACGAACAAUCCAUGAGCUUUUUGGAAAUGCUCUUUCGUUCCGUUUACAGCAGCGCCGCAGCAACUGGAAAUCCGUCUGCUGCACGUAAUUCGCGGACACUGUUAUACACUUGUAUCCUUCAUGUGCUGCAUAUGCUCCCAAGUCACACUGUGCAAGAUUUACCUUUGGCUAAUGUUGGACUUGCGAUACCUGCACGCAGUCAGGAACAACGUAUUCGACAUUUGCUUUCUAAUCAGGUUGUUGAUCUAAUUUGUAAGGAUGCAAGCGACGGCGAAGACACUUUGAGCAUGGCUCUGGCCGUGUCUGCCUUGGAAACUCUAGUUGGGUUUGAAGGUAACUCAUUGGUUGUCGCAGUUAUCCGUGAACGUGGAUAUCUCAUGCACUUUAUUGACAUCCUUAAAAAGCUGAGUGAUAUGGAUGCCGCGGUCUUCGAACGAAGCAGUGGCGGCUCGACAAUGGUAAAAAGCAAAGUGAUGUCUGAUGGAAUGGACGCUACGACGAUUGGCUCGAUAUACGAGUGCUUUUUAUCGCUAUUUGCCAGGGUUGCUGAGACACGGGACGGAGCCAUAGCUUUGCUGGAAGGUGGAUUAAUCCGUGUGUUGUCUGAUGUCCACAACCUGCCAACGCAUCUACCGCAGCAUCUUUUUCAACAGAGAAGUGCUCAAUCUGGUGUUUCUGCGGAAGUUUUCCAGCGUAUCGAGUUUGUAUACUAUCGAAAGUGGCUCCCCAUGGCUCGAUUGCUAAGUGCAUGUUGCGCCUCUUUGCCGAAAAAUCGGACACUUACCAGCCAAAUACUUCAAUUCGUUUACAAAAAUCGAAAGCUGUUCACGUCAGCGCUGAAAUUGUGUGCGAGUGGUCUUCCGUCGCAGCUUAUCUCGAUAAAUCUUCUUCGAGAAGUAUCGUAUGUGACGUUUGUAUUUCGUUAUGUAACUCAAUUUACUGAUUUGUGUGAGCAAACGCUGGUGGCGGCAAAGUGGGAGAAAAUUUCACAACUGAUCCUUCACGUAUUUAUGUAUUUUAGCACAAGACUUGUGCCGCCAAGCGAUGAAGCAGAUGAUAUGAGCGACGUAUCUAGUUCUACGUGGUGGCACAAGACAGUAUUUGAUGAACAGCGCACCGAUGCAAUCCAGUAUGGCAUACAUGAAAAGCUGUUAGAGCAUUGCGAGAGUGCAGCUGUGAAAUCCAGUGGAAGCGCUAGUCUGCUUCACAUGUCGUUAUUGGACGAAGAAAAGUUGUAUGCGUCUAGAAUGAUUUUAUGCAACGCUGUGGCCUUCUGUGUCAGACGCAUGAUGUUUACUGUGGACGAUAAUAAACUUGGUAGAGUGCCUCCGUUGUUGUCCCUUAGUGACAAGACGCAAAUGCAAAACGAAAGCCGAUUUCCAUCGAUGUCAUCGGUGGACCCUCGCGCAUUUGCAGCGGCUACAGACCCUUUGUGGAUCCAUGCACCGUCGAUUAACGACUUUACAAUCCGCUUUGACUCAAUAGUUUUUGCUUUGGAGGCCAGCAAGCAGCUUGUCGAUGCGUUGACAGCUUUGAAUAAUGAAGCUGCAUCGGGUCGCUCGAAUUUGCUUUCGUCCGCUUCGUCGCAACAGCAAUUAAUUGGUCGGCGUGACCUCCAGCGCGAGAUCAAACCACUGGAAAAUUUGUUGGAAUACCAUGCCGACAGCUUGAUGUUUGUCGUCGAGAAUAUGCUCGUGGUGUUGCUUUGCCAUUUCACCCACUAUCUUGGUCGUCCCGAAGCGGCAUCCAGCGAAGACGUUGUUCAUCACACACUUGGCAAAGUGCUUGUUAUUGUCAGCGAAAUUGAGAGUAAUUCGUUCAUUCACGCCAUCGCCAGAAGACUACGCGAAUUGGCGUCUACCGGAUAG